GAAACCUUGGAAGCACUUUUGGCUGAACGAUACUGGCUGACAAUGUUGGUGUUGUGGGUGACGCUGUUGCCAACCGUGUUGUCUGUUGAACUCCUCAAAGAUGCUGACUUUGACAGUACGUCCACCUACGGAGGGGACGAAACUGACGGUGGUUGGUGGUGUGUGCAAUGUGAUGCCGUCCCCAGUACGGACAAACACACAGGAUCUCACAGUGUCAAGGUGACAAACAGAAAGCAAAACUGGGGCAGCGUAACCCAGUCUUUUAAGCCUCAAGGGGAUCACAAAUACUCCUUCAGGGCUUACGUAAAGAUUCUGAACCUAGCCCAGGGUAAGGUGUAUCACAGCAUGGAGACACUGCUAGAGAUCAAGGGAAGCAAUGGUAAUUCCAAGUAUGAACAAAUUGGAACAACCCCACAUCUGAGACCCGGCUCUUGGCACAUUGUUGGAGGGGACUACCAUAUGCCUAAUGAUGCCCAGGAGGUGCGGGUGUACUUCCAGAUCUCAGAACCCCAGGUCAACUACUUGCUUGAUACUGCUAGCGUGGAAGAGAUCCCCCACAUUACUGACCUUAAGUCCGACACCAGUGGGAGAAUAGAUACGCUUAGAAAGAAUAAUAUUAACAUCAAAGUAACGAAUAACAACGUGAACCCAUCUGGUCUGACAGUGGAGGUCCACCAAACAAGCAGCGAGUUCGGCUGGGGCUCUGCCGUGGAUGCCAACGACAUCACAGACUCCCAGCACAAGAAAUAUCAGGACUACUUCUAUGACAAUUUUGAGUGGGCUGUUCUGGAGAAUGCUCUGAAGUGGUACUCGAUGGAACCAAGCCAGGGGCAGGAUAAUGUAGCACUCCCAGAGAAAGCUGUUGACACGCUGCGGUCAAAGGGCAUCACGGUGAGAGGACAUAAUAUCUUCUGGGCAGUUGCACAGUGGGUACCAAACUGGCAGAAACAGCUGUCCGCGUCAGCCCUCAAGCAAGCAAUGGUGAAGAGGGUAACGGACAGCGUUGGACAUUUCAAAGGAAAGCUUCCUCACUGGGAUGUCAACAAUGAGAACGUCCACGGGGAUUUCUACGCUCAACAACUCCACGAUCCUGAUAUUUCCAUAUGGAUGUUUAAUGAAGCCCACAAGGCGGCCCCUAAUUCCCUUCUGUUCCUGAAUGAUUACAACGUCGUCAGUCAAAAUGAUGCAACCGUUGCAUUUGAAGACGAAGCUCAGUACGUACUUGGAAAAGGUGCUCCUCUCAAGCGGCUCGGCAUCCAGUCCCACUUUAACGGACAGCCAAUUGAUUAUGACCUUGUAAAGCAUCGGCUGGACGAGGUUGCCCGUGUAGGCUUGAAGAUGUGGAUAACAGAGCUGGACAUUGAUGAUUGGAACGAGAACACAAAGGCUGACAAGUAUGAGUCACUGCUGCGACUGUACUUCAGUCAUCCUUCUGUAGAAGGGGUCAUGUUCUGGGGAUACUGGGAUGGCAGACAUUGGCGACCUAACGCUGCUCUGGCUAAUGGACAAAAUGUGACGCCGAACGCUGCAGGACGGAGGGUGAAACAGCUGAUCAAGGGGGAGUGGAGGACCAACGAGUCACAUCCGGUCAGGGAGGGUCAGAACCUCCGAGUGAGAGGAUUCAAGGGCGGUUACACAGUGCAGGUCAAACACAACGGAAACAUCAUCAAAACUGAACAGUUUACUCUGGGUGACAACGGCGUUGAUCUGACCAUCAGUCUGUCGGGAUCAGGUAGCAACCCGCAGGUGAACAACAUACUAGUUGGAUAGGUUUGACGUGAAUAAAACGUGAUUUGAUGAA